CUGGUGGCCGAAGGAAAUGGCGGCCCUGGUGGUCUCCGGCAGCAGCAGGAGGCGGCGGAGGGGCAGCAGCCAGGCGGUGGCGGCGCUGGUGGCGGCGGCGCUGGUGGCAGGACUGGCUGCUGCUGGGAAGAUGAAAGUCGUUGAGGAGCCCAACAGCUUCGGGCUGAACAACCCUUUCCUGCCCCCAUCCAAUCGCCUCCAGCCUAAGGUGGCCCCCUCUUUGACUUCAGGCCCUGCACACCUUCUUGUGCUGGCAGGCAAGUGCUUCAGUUAUGUGGAAUCUAUGUACAAAUAUGAGUUCUGCCCCUUCCAUAACGUCACACAGCAUGAGCAAACCUUUCGGUGGAACGCUUACAGCGGAAUUCUUGGUAUCUGGCAUGAAUGGGAAAUUGAAAACAAUACCUUUGUUGCUAUGUGGAUGAGAGAUGGAGAUUCUUGUGAAACCAAGAACAGACAGACAAAAGUACUACUUAUAUGUGGAAGGAGAAAUAGAUUGGCUCAUGUGUCUGAACCAAGCACUUGUGUUUAUUCUCUGACAUUUGAAACCCCACUUGUUUGCCACUUGCAUUCUCUCUCAGUGUACCCAGCUUUGCCUGAUGCCCUCCAGAGAAAGUGGGAUGAAGUGGAGCAGUUGCUGUAUGAUGAGUUAAUCACGAAUCAGGGAUACAAGAAAAGGUUGAGAGAGAUAUUUGAAGAAGUUAAUUUUUUAAAAUCAACAACAGAGGUAAAAGUGAAGAAAAUAAAACCUCAGCAUCUGGAAUUUGACUCACUGGAAAAGUGCAAUAAGGAGUACAAGCAGCUUUCUAAAGAGGUGCAGAAACUUACAGACUUAUUAACUCAGCAUGGAGUUGCAUAUGAAACAAUCCUGAUUGAAAAUGAUGAUGAUAACCACAUCACUCAAACACUUAUGGUAGAAAAGCCAUCUCUAACCAUUGUUUCUAAGGCUGAUCAGUUACAUGGUGAUACAGGAACAUGGAUCGACUCCCUAUGAAGGAAUUCACUUGGUCAACUUACUUAGCUUUGGUCAACGUCUGAUGCAAAUCUGCUACCACUUUGGAAUUCUUUUCAUUAUCACUCUGGUGUGAAGACUACUGGGAUGCUCAUUACUGCUAUGGAAUAAAAAUGAAUUUUGGCCUGUAGGAACACA